GCACCCUGAAAGGCAUGACAUGGACAAGUUGAUCUCCCUCGUUUCAUCUUACCUCUCAGGCUAUAGUAAAUACCUGUGCCACCUCAGACCUCUUGUGACGACAAAUUAUCGAGAUGCAUCAUGCGCUACUCGUUCCAGACGUCCUCGAUCACAUCCUCGGAUUCAUCAAAGCUGAUUGGCUAAUCAGUCGCAGCACCUUCACAGCGCUAGCUAGAACCUGCAGCGCUCUCAGUGAAGCCUCGCUAGAUGCCCUUUGGAGCGACCUAAGUAACCUGCACCCGUUGGUGUCGUGCAUCUACGGUGCUAACAUGAAGUUGAGCGAUGAGCGCACAGCAGAAGUUGACACUGAUGCGGGACUGGAUUUAUCUGUUUUCCACAAGUAUGCUUAUCGUGUCAGGAAAUUAGAGCUUUCUGGAUUCGCAGUAGACUGGACACUCGAUGCAUGGUCCACAUCUGUCGCUGAUGAUCUAGGAGUACUUCACAUCCUUCAAGUUCCCACUCCUCUCCUCCCCAAUCUCAACCACUUAGUUUGGCCUGAUGGAGUUAGUCUUACUCUGCUUUGGCCUCUGCUCAAUCCACGUUUACUGUCUCUUCACAUACCAAGAUUUCAGUGGAGCCCAAAAUCUACCCCGUGGCUCCUGCCUAGGAUCCAAAGACUUUGCCCGGAACUUAGUUCACUGACAUUGCUUUGCGAUGCUCCGCAAGAAUCCCCAUACCAACGUGUAGCCGAAAGCUGCUUGUCCCGAGUAAUUUGCUCUUGGAAGAAGCUCAAGGUGCUGGAAUGCAACCCCAUGGGUCGUGAAUGUAUUCUCAGCCUUCCCGUGCUAUCAUCUCUCAGAGUCCUCCGCUUUCGCGUCGAUAACUCAUCUGUUCUGGAUCUGCCCGCAAAUUCGCUCUCAUUUCCAUCAUUGCACGCUUUCCGGCUCGAAACCAACAGCCCUGGGGCUUAUUCACUCCUUCAAGCCAUGAAGAGCUUGCCUAAAUCUAUAGAGAUUGUUCUUAUUGUGCGCUGUUCAGGCUGGAAUGCGGGUUACGGUCUGGAAACGGUUGAGCUCAUUCUGCACCCCAUCGCUCAAAAUGCAUCAUACAACAAUCUUGAAGAAUUCCGCAUGACUGUUCCCGCCUUUCCAAGCGGCAGUAUCAUCAAUGGCUCCAACGUGCUACGACCCCUUUUUCUUUGCUGCAACCUUCGUGUGCUGCGAAUAAUAAUGACGCCACAGUUCAUCCUCGGUGAUGAUGAUCUGCGCGCGAUGUCCUCUGCUUGGCCUCAACUGGAGGAACUUGAGCUGUAUCACAAUCCGUAUGCAAUGUCUCCCGACCCACCCUCGCCUUUUUUUAUAGGACCUCCCCCGACUCCUCCACCUAUAUCGCCAUCGCAGCCUCCAGUGCACCUGGCUGCAGCUCAACCUGCCCUUCAAGGUCCAUUGCUUCCCCAUCCCUCGGCACUGUUUUUAGAAUACGACGAGACUUACUUACACAGCAAUAGGGCUACUGAAAUCACCUUACAAGGUCUCAUUUCACUUUUAAGAUUGUGCCCCAAUCUUCGCUUCUUCAACCUGGCUAUCGACACUACCAAGCUGGAUGGGCUGCAGGAUGAUGAACCAGGUGAUGGUGUUUGCAAUCGACUGGUAAAAUACCCCAGACUCGUCGAUUCGCCCAUCAGUGACCCCGAAGCGGUUGCUCGCAUCCUCCUUGACAUAUUUCCCGAACUCGAGACCAUUUGUGGGGAGGGGUCUCAUUAUACAACCAUGUUCAACGAAAUAUUGCCGCAAGGAUGGCUCCAAGUUGAAGCAAAAAUACUUGCUUCUAAAGCAGCCAGAGGACAUGAGACGUAGCCACAUCAAUGGCCCUACUCCGGAGAUUUAUUUUACUAUGCACUUCACGCACUGUAUGUACUAACUCAUGCACUAGAUCGAGUUUACUUAUAUCAGGACUUCUUACCAUGGAAGGGACUCUACGAUACGCAUAUCUCCGCACACAAGUACUUGUAUGUGGCUUUGUUUCAUAUCCAUGGAGGCCGGGUCGACAUUUAGAGGCACGAGGCCCAAGGCCUGAGUAUUCGCUGUGCAGGUGCCAAGCGCAGUACUUGAAGCAAACCGCGCUGUUCAGGAUCAUGUGACAAGUCACGGGAUUUCAUCUCAAUUUGAUACCAAAAUUUCCG